AUGGCUCCCGUCGCCGGUCCAUCUACGGGCAGCUCGGCUGAACGAGCUCCCAGAACCAACUUGACAAGGGUAUCAGCCAGGUCCAAGACGAACAAACGCAUCGAUCAGGAAACUAUCCUCAACCACCUUCUCGGCGUGUUUAUGGAAGAGUCGUCGCCUUCGUUAUCCAGCAAAGCUGCUCAGAAAGCUAGAGCAGUGCAUCUCAUCGACAAAGAUUCGUGGUCGCCCGCUGACAAAGAUGAGGUUGCGGCGGCCUUACAUGGUCUCUCGCUUAAACACAGCAUUCACCUUGACUACGAACUCGCAACCGCUCUUCAACGAUGCUAUUCGCAGCUUAUUGUAUCAUGCGAGCGAUCAGCACAACUGGCUGAGCAAUCACGCAAAGUCGAAAUACGCCGAGGAAGUCGUCUCAACGUGACCCCUCCUCUCAUUCGCCCCGACAACGUUUCCGACGCGGUGCGCUUCCUGCUCCAGCUAUCUAAACCAGCCGACAUCAUAGCACGCACUGCUGCAAAUCUUAUGCUCAACGCCACCCACUCGAGUCGAUCUCAGUAUGUGACUGCCGAACAACGAAAGAAUGCAGAGCGGCGAGAAUGGCUUAGCAUUCUAGUCCAGGAGCCGUUGCAAGGCGACGCUUGGGUCGAUGAAGGUCAAGACGACUCCGACUUGUCCGACUGGAGCCUAGAUUCAGACGACGAGAGAAGGCUCAGAAUGGAGCAAGGUUACGAUAGCGACAAGGAGCCUCGCAAACAAAGGGACCGACUCGCGGCGGUUUCAGCGUCGAUGCAUCCUUCACCUUCACUGUUGCAAGACUUUCAACAGCGCAAGUUGUGGUCUGAACAACGUCGGUCAAGACUUGCUGCACUUGCGAAGGCUAAAGAGAAGAGCUUGCACGAUGGAGCUCUUCAGGCUACUAAUCGCGCAUUGCAACUCUCUGAAGCUGACAUUGUCCGCGAGAGUCUCUCGUCGCUGAUGGGUUCCUCAAGCAUGCUGUACUCGCGGCACUCUUCCGGCCAAUUUACCAUCGAUAACUCCAGAAAAGAUCCUCUGACGAAUAGCUUGACAGAGCAGAUGGAAGCAGUCGCAUAUCUUGCCAGCACGCUAUCUAUUCUUCGCAGCUUUGUCAAAGCAACAGUGUUCCAAAGCAUUCACACCGUGGAUGCUCUGACCAGAACACCAGCUGUGGAAGCUUUUGCCGAACAGCUACAGGCUUUACUCGAGAAUUUGUGCUCUCAGUUUUCCGAACUGGAUGCGGACAUUGCAGCUGGAAGUACGCUAGCUCAUCCGGCCGUAAUUCGCACUAACAGAUAUACCACUCUCACGCAACUGAUCAACUUUUCGUACAGCAAGGCUGCCUCCGUGCUACUCUUGGCGCGCCUGCUGAAGGACAUGGGUUUCAUCUCUGGACAUGGCGGUGAUACCGAUGUUUCGCUAAUCCCACGUGGAUCCAGUGACCGCGCUCUCAUCGAUGGUUUGCAAGCGCUGCUCGCGUUCGUGCAUCAACAGGACGAGCUGGCUCACGGCGACAUGAUUCUUACCGAUCUGAGCACAUGCCUGCUAGCUGCUUGUCGACCCGCGUGGAGAUCUGUCUGUCACCUGCUUCAAAGAGGACUCAGUUUUGCCAUCCACCGAGAUCAUGAUCUGCUCUUCGACGAUCGUCUGGUGCAGCAUAUGAUUCGACACGAUGCAUCUAUAUCAACAUCCGAUAGCGCCUUUUGGACGUCUGGAUACGUUGUCAACCAGCCCAGUAUCGAUGAGGUCGAUAACAUGGUCAAUCCAGGCUACAGCUCGCCAGCAUUCCUGCAAUCCAUCAUGCAAGACGUGUUGACAACUGCCAAAGGGGUAGGACUGCUUCGAAGUCUGGGCGUCGAUGCACUUGGUGGUGUUCAACCUGAUCCCAAUCUUGGCCACGUCCUCGGCUUGCGAACCACAAUAGCACAAACAAGUCUUAACCCGCUUCAAAGCCUCGUCGAGCGCGGAGCUGACGAUCCUAUUAAUACUGAAGCUGAGGCUGGCCACGAGGAAAUCGUUGCAGCGUUGUGCUUCACGCCGGAGGUAGCAACGGAGAAUUUGCGGCGGCUGCUGUUCGCCCGUGGCACUCAGCUGGCGGAGCAAACGGAGACAAAAACCUACGUAGAAGACGUUUUGCCUCAGACACCAAUCUCGCGACCGGAUACAGAGCCUCUGUGGGAUGUCAGCAUUACGCGCAAUCACCGGCAUCUAUCGCAUCGACUGCUCGAGCCGUUGCUGGGGCGAUUGCUACAAGAGCACCUUUCGCCCAUCUCUGCCCUUGUUCGCAAACGCGUGACCGAGGUACUUUUGUCUCCAGUCACCGAAGGUGGAUAUGCAUUGCAAUCUCAUGUCCAAGCUUGUCACGGCCUGUUCUUCAUGCGGCGAGGCGCCGAAAUGGCCAGCUGGUUGGAGUCGCUCUUCAUGGAUCUCGAUCGGCGCAACGGCAUGCUUCGUGCCACGAACCAUCAUCGACUCCACUCCGGUUUCAACGAUGCGCUUGAAAUACACCAGCAGAGCAAUGGUGGGGAAGCGUGGAUCGACGUGAAUCUGGUUCGUUUCUGUACUGUCAACGACGAUAUGGACAGAGCUGCAGCGAUACGACAGAGGAGCAGAAUCCACCGUCUGGCCGAUGUGAAGGUUGAGUACGAGGUGCCGUGGCCGCUCACAUUCGUCUUUCCAACUGGCUGCAUGCGUUUCUAUCAGUACAUUUUUUCGACCUUGCUGCAGGCAAACUAUGCUCAGUGGAAACUGGCGAGCACGCUCAAAUUAGCCAAACCUGAAACGAUGCAUAUGCGAAAGUUCUGGUCUCUUCGACGCCAAGCGCAAUGGCUCGUCCGGACGCUCAUCGGCUUCAUUCAAAGUGACAUUCUGUUCGAUGGCAGUCAGCGUAUCUUGUCAGCCUUGGAAGGUACACGCUCUAUCGACAGCGCCAUCCAGGUUCACACCGAGGCACUGGAACGGAUGGAGCUGUUGUGCUUCCACCGUCUAGAUCAGGCCAAGGUCAAGGAGCUUUUCAGUGCGGCAUGGCGGAUCGGAACCGAGGUUGUCAACAACUACGAGCGAUUCAUUGGCACAAGCACUCAAGAAGAGGAUCGGCUUGCACGAAGAAAGCGUCGUGAGAGACGCAAGAAGCGGAGGGACAAGGCAAAGCGAGAAGGAGCCCCGCUUGGGGCAAUCGCUGAGGAGGACGAAGAGGAAGAGGAAGAGGAUGGGGAGGAACAACAGGAAGAGGAACAGGAACCGAUCGGCAAUGUACGAGACCAUGAUGACUUUGAGCGAGUGGCUGUUGGUGACAUGGAUGGCGAAGCCACUCUUUUUGGCCAUACGGAUGUCUCCGAAGCGAUCUCGACUGAUGCUUCGAUGAGUGCUGAUAUCUCGGCAAAUUGGAUCGAGUCCGAGACCCACAAGCGCGAAAGCUUCCGGCUCGAAUGCGAACGGCAACGCAAAGCUCUUAACAGACUCGUGGAAGAACUCAAGGUCGGUGUUGAUGAUCAGAUUGGACGCAUCGCAGCCAGAUCAGCUGUCCAAGCUCAAGAUGCUACGCAGGCCGACCGCGUUCUGCAAGAACAUGACCACGCGCGUGCAAAGUGGCAGGGCCUACUUGACGCUCUCGCUUGGUCUGACAUGGGCUACUGA